AUGAACUUCUUAGGCAGCUGCUGCACUCGGUAUGGCGGUGUUACAUUCUGGGCCGCUCCGCGAUGUCGUAGUACUGUUAAGGCAGCUCAACUGUUAAGUGCCAACAAAAUCCUGAUGAAAAAUAAGCAAAUCAAAGAGAGAAAUAUAGAAAAACUUCCAUUAAAACCAUGCCCAGGAACCCUACGAGCAUCAUUUGGACCUACAAUAUGGACACAAGUAAGGUUUUGCAAGAGCUAUCCGCGUCUGCACCGCGACAUCGAAUUUCCUAGUUUUGAUACUUAUAGGAAAUCUGAGUACAAGGAUGUUCGAAGUACGUCUUGGGGGGCAGGUGAUGGUAAACCAGGAUUCACAUAUGUAGUGGGACUUUUCGGUUUACUUGCUGGAGCUUAUGGUAUGAAGGCCCAUCUGAUUCACUACGUAGCAUUUAUGGAUGCACCAGCGGAUGUAAUCGCUCUUGCUAGCAUUGAAGUAGAUUUAUCAAAAGUGUUACCUGGAGCUUGCCUGGCGAUAAAAUGGCGAGGAAAGCCCUUAUUCAUCAGAAACAGAACUGCUGCAGAUAUUGACGCUGAAAAAAAUACAGCGUUGUCUUCGUUACGAGAUCCCGAAGGUGAAGAACAACGUACACAAAAAAACCAAUGGCUGGUUGUGGUCGGAAUCUGCACUCACUUAGGCUGUGUACCUAUACCAAAUAGUGGUGAUUGGCCGGGUGGUUUCUAUUGUCCUUGUCACGGUAGUCACUUUGAUAAUUUGGGAAGGGCUAGGAAAGGUCCAGCCCCAAAAAAUUUAGAAGUUCCGCCUUAUAAAUUUAUUACUGACACACUUAUCAAUGUAGGGUAG